AUGGCGUCCGUCGCCAAUCCUUCGCUUGCGCAUCGAACCGUCUCGAACAUCAGGACAGGUGCCACCGGGGCCAGUGCAGCUGCUGCGGGAAGCGGGCGCAGUGGCGCGGUGCCAUCGACGCCCAGCGGGCCCUCGCCCUUUCGGACGGCCCCUUCCACGUUUGCGUCGCCGUCUGCACUGCGGGCUGAGGAGGACACGAUCGUGAUGGAGAUUGGGGCACGGAAGCUAGUAGCCGGUUUUGCCGGCGAUGCCGUCAGCCGGGGUACCAUGAUGUUUGGCCCGGAGCAGCAGCGGCGUGUCGGCGACCUGCGCGUCUGGCAGGACGGCUACCGCCGCAACUGGCGAGGUGCAGGUGCGGGCAACGGAUGGGACAGCGCAUACGAGCUCUGGAAGCUGGAUGUCCGCCAUGUGGAUGCCGGUCUGAUCGGCGACAAGCUCGAGCGCGCCCUUCGGGAUGCACUCACAAGGUAUCUCAUGGUCGACUCGCGCCCCAGACGGAUGGUCGUCAUCCUGCCGCCAACUCUGCCGAUUCCGCUGCUGUCGGCCACGCUCGACACCCUUUUUGGGCGCUUCCUGACGCCGAGCGUCUCGCUCCUGUCAGCGCCCGUGGCCGCAGCCAUGGCAGCCGGCCUGCGCAGCGCCCUCGUCGUCGAUCUGGGCUGGGCCGAGACGACCGUGACGAGCGUGUACGAGUACCGCGAGGUGGCCUGCACGCGGACAAUACGGGCAGGUCGCAUGCUGAUCCAGCAGGUGCACGAUCUGCUGGCCGGCCUGCUGCCACACGACCGCCGGCCAGAGCAGCCACGGCCGAGCCGGGACAGCAGCACACACGUGCUCAGCUUCGACGAGUGCGAGGACGUGGCCACACGGCUGGUCUGGUGCAAACCGGGACGACCAGCCGCAGCAGUGCGUCCCGGCGAUAACCUGCCUACAGAGGCCGGCCUAGCCACGGUGGCCGAGACGGACGAGACGGUAGAGGACGCCGGCAGUAGGCGAAACAAUCACAACGACAACAGCAACAACAACACUACCAACAAAACACACAAUCGCCGGGGCAGCCGCACGACCGAAAUCCCCCUCGAGUCAUGCACGCCACCGGCCACGAUCCGGCUCGCCUUUGACCAGCUGGCCGAGCCGUGUGAGGUGACGUUCUUUGGCGCCACCAGCGGCAAUCCCGGCGCCGAAAUCCAUCCUGCCAGCUGGGACGACGAGGAGCUGCCGGUACCGCUGCUCCUCUUCCGCCACCUGCAGCGACUUCCCGUCGACGUGCGCGCCACCUGCAUGGCCCGUAUCGUCUUUGUCGGCGGCUGUACCGGCGUCCUUGGCCUGCGCGGACGCAUCUUUGACGACGUCGCCGGCCUGGUGGCCGAACAGGGCUGGGAUGGCGUGCGAGGCAAGGCCGUCGCUCAGUUCCGCGAGAACCCGAAGCUCAAGAGGACCACACGCCAGCAGCAGCUGCUACAAGCUGCUGCUGCAGCUGCUGUCGCUACCGGCAGCACCACUGCCCAUACCGCCACGCUCUCCGCCGACGCCGAGUGGCACGAUGCCGCCAGCGCCCAGCCCGAACCUGAUCCCGUCGAGGCCGAGCUGCAAAAGGCUCGUGCCCGAAGCGAGAGCAUCAGCAGCUCCGGCAAUAUCCGUCCACCCAGCGCCGGCCAGCUGCGCGCCGUCGAGACCCUCGGCGCCUGGAGCGGCGCCAGCCUGCUCACACAGCUGCGCGUGCCCACUCUGGCCGCCGUCGAUCGCGAGCAGUGGACCCAGCAGGGCGGCGCCUUGGGAGCUGUCCGCCCGGCCGACGUCGACAUCAAGACCCUCCAGCGCCAGAGCAUGGGCCCCGGUGGCGCCGCUGGCCUCGCCAUGCGCAGCGUCACCGGCGGCGGUGCCUCGGGGAACACUGGCACCGGCACCGCCACCUGGACGCUCGGUGCUUGGGGAACGACGUAA